AGGCCCACAUUGGCUUUGCAGGCAGAUUUGGUGUGCUGAGCACGUUGACGGUGCACGGAUCGAGCCAUCUUUCAGCGCUUAGUACUUUCAAACACAUACAUAAUACACCCGAGAAUCACCUUUGUCUUCUUUAACGAUCCACACGCUUGUGGUUAUCGCGGCAAUCUCUUCACGAAGGCACUUCGCGCGCCCCAGUAACGGAUAAGUUUAUGCUGGCGUAUAUUAACUUUUAUCAUGUUCCACAACCUGCAAUGCGUUCAUAAAGGUAGGGUGCGCAUGCCAGACGAGCGCAAAGGGGCUGCUGUCUACGCAGAUGACUACGGCGGUGUCUGGGUGGUGUCGGCCGAUGCGCAGGAGGUGUACUACUACACCCCACACGCGCUGGCUUCCUCGAUGGAUGCACAGCCCACCGCACUGCCCCCCUACGUCUCCCCAUCCGCCUCGUCUUCGCUGCUGACCUCGUCGCCGCCAACGCCCCACACGUUGGCCUUUCGAUGUGGCGAACAGACGGGUGCCGCAGCAGCCGACGUCUCUGACAACGUGCUGUCCGUACUCUUCUUCGACGGUGAGGCGCCUGAAGGCACCGCGGCGCAGCACCGCCGAGACGUGUGUGUGGUGACCGAGGGUGGUACCGUGGCCUUUCUGCGCGUGCCAACCGCAAAUGACGAACCACCCGUGCUUCUCCAGCCCUUUCAGGAGGUGCAUUUAGAGCUGCGGGUGUCCGCCACGACCACCGCCGCCAACGACGUCAUUUUGUGCUGCUUCGACGGUGAGUUUACGGAGGUGGUUCGAGCGCAGGUGGUGGCGGCGGCAGCGUCAUCUGCGGGACUGCGGUGUCCGCAUCUGAGCGACGUGCCGGUGUCGGAUGCCCUUUGCACCUGCGAAGUGGAGGCCACUGGGCUGUUUCGUGUGAAAGGACGCAUUCUGUGUGUUGUGUACGACAGCGUGCACGAGGUGCUCAUCGCCGUCAGCGACGCCGGCAACGUGGAUGUGUGGGACGUCGCGCGUGGCAGGGAUGCGACAGCGCAGUUCGGCUCUCCGGCGUGGGACGCGGCGACGCACGGCUCCGCGACCUGCGCACGCGUUUGCCGGGGGAAGCUGUGGAUCGGCCUCACCUCUGGCGAGCUCUUGGUAUUCUCGCUGGCGAGGUCGUCUCUGUCGACGGGGGCGGCUUCGGCAGGACUGCUUCUGCGCAGCCACGGCUCGCCCGUCACCGGUAUCACUCCCAUGUCUCUGCAGUCCAGCGUCUGGAGCUGGGCGGCGGACAACGGAAGAGUCAACGUGUGGGAUGCGGCCGAUGCGGCGUUUCGUGGGUCCUUCGUUUUCCCGCAGUCCGGCAUUCAGUCCUGCUGCACCGGCGUCGCCCAACUGCGUGCGGCACUGUGGGGGAUCGACGGCGCGUCAGGGGAGCCGUGUCUGCUGCAGGCCAGCGAAUCUAUCGGCGUGACGGACGCGUACGUGUGCAGCAGCGCCGAUGUGCGCACGGUGCACACGCAGCAGACGCUGCUAGAGUCUUACCGCUGCUGUUGGCGUGGCUUGCUUCGCGACUUCCGCGCCGCACAGCACGGGACGCAGUCGGGCGAAGAGGGAGAUGAGAAGGGGGAGGCAAUGGCGGCAGCGCUGGAGUGCAUCGACACUGAUUUGAAGGAUGUGGAGGACGUUGUGGGUCUGGUGAAGGAGAUGGAGGACACGUUUGAGUCGUUGCAUCGGCUCGGCACGGUAGACCGGCGGGUGCGUGGCGGUCGUGUCCGAUCCAUUCGCGUCGUGCUCGAAGACUUCCUGGGCGAUUGCCAGCAACGGCUCGACGCGCGAGACGAGGUCGAAUCGUUUCUGAGUUUUCUCAGCACAACGUGCGGUGGCGACGCGUCGAUGCGCUCGAUGGAGGACGCGCAGGAGGAGAUUAUCCGUCUCUACGCGCAUGUCGAGGAGCUCACGAACGCGCUGGAGGACGCAGCGCAGCCCAGCGUGGGCGACGGCAUUGCAGCCGCCACCGAAGAGGCCACCGCCGCUCUGCAAAAUGAACUAGCGUCGUUGCAGGAGGCGCUGCACAGCGCAGGGGCGCAGAGGCAGGAGCUAGCAUCGCAGCUGCAAGAGGCACAGGAGGAAACGCGAUCUGCCGUGGAGCAGCAGAAGCACCUUGCGCGGCUGCUGGAGGACACGGAGGGGCAGCUGGAGGACGCCAAGAAGUCUCUGCUGGCCACGAAGCGCGCCGCGGAAGUGACGGCGUCGGAGGUGUCGUCUCUGUUCGACAUGGAGUCGAAGCUGCACGCGUCUCAGACGGUGAUCGCAGAACUCUCGGCGAAGGUAGACGCCCUGCUCGCGGACGCGGAGGCGAAGGAGGAAGAAAUAAACGUUUUCCGCCGCAAAGAGGAGGCAGCGAGAGGGGCAAUGCAAAGUGUGCUGCGUGUGCAAGGUGCGAUGGCCGACGACGUGAGCAGCUUUGCAGAGGCGCUCGAGCAAAACAUCGUCGAUGUGAGGGAGGGGCAGCGCGCAAAUCUGUCGAAGCCGUUAAAGGGGCUGCUUGAGACGCUUCAGGAGAAAACGUACGCGCUGGAGACGUCGAUGGAGUCCCGCCUGCGCGAGCAGAAGAUUUGGUUCCACACGCUCUCCAACGAGCUGAAGGCGAUUGUGAUGUAG